UCUCGUAAAGUGCAUUUUUACAGAAUUUUUCAGUGACAAAACAUCCAGUGCAGUUAUAUGUGUAUUUGGUGUUGAAAUAUAAAACGCUUCUGAAAAUAUUAAGCACAUGAAACACGUUGAACAACAACAACAAUAAUAAGAAAGCAUGGCUCCACGGCUUACGUUACUUUCAACUUGUUUGUUCAUGUGUUAUUACAUGAAUGGCAGCGGCGCUAUUAUUACGAAUGGAAAUAAUGCUGAAGGCAAUAUUCAGGGAAACAAGCACCGACAUGCACAUUUCAUUUCCAUCACUGAACAGCCGCCAAAGCAGAAUCCGACAAGACACGCCGAAUCCAAAGUGGAUGCACUGGGGGAGAGUCAAUUUCACAGAGGACAGAGCUUGGAAAGUAAAUCUCUGUAUUCAUCGUCGUCGCAAAAUUACCCAGAGUAUCAUCACUCUGGUCUGAGCUACAGCGAGGGAUACGAUUUUGGUGGACUGACGGGGCACAGCAGCGGCGGCGAAAACAGUCUGGAAAGUAGCAUCGCAAGUAGUGGAAUCUUCGGAGACUUCAAGCACAACCACUACAUGCCGCAUCAUCACAUGAACCGCGAGAAACAUCACAAUCACAAGUCUGUCGCCCUGAAAGGACUUCUCGUGCCUCUGGCUGGUGUGGCACUUCUUGGUGCUGCAGCUGCGUUGGUGUCAAACCCGAUCCUCCUCCAGCUCGGGGUCAUCACCGGCAAGAAGCGAAGACGCCGUGAUACCGACGCUGACUUCCCACACGUCCCUAACCUAAGCGCCGCAGAAGCCGAAGCUGUGCAACAGAAACUGAAAGAAAUCGCUUUGCUGGAGCGAUUCAUGACACAGGUCCCGAAAGAACAAGCCGUCAGUCAGGAGAAACAGCUGUUAGCUAACUACUUGUCGUGCUCUGGGUCAACGAACGCUAACACCACUUCAGGUUCCUGUGUGGAACGACUCACGUGCGAACUUCAUCAUCCUGACUCCGAUGCGUCACAACUUGAGAAACACGUCAUGAGCAUAAUCACGUCAGAAAUUCUUACAAACGAGUACGUUCCUGAUUCUGUUAAAGAGAGGGUGAAGUCGGCAACAACAACUGGUUCACAAUCUGGCAAUUGUAGCGAAUUUCCUUGCGACAAUAUAGAAAGAAAUUAGCUGGGUUUCGAAAAUGAAUUCCACGCACUAUAUACCUAUAGUCAUGUGACAAAUUGAUUGCAGUUAGUUUAGUACAGACGUAAUGAAAAUGAAAAAUGAAUUCAUUAUUAAUUAAUUCUUUGGAUUCGAAGCUCAUUUAAACAAUAAUACAUUCAGUCCCUACCUCAAAGAAAACACAAUUCUACAUCGCAAACAUCAAUGCUGUGUAAGGAAAUACAGUAGAUUCCGGUUAAGUGGGCCAUCGGUUAAUCGGGGCAGCCGUUUAUUUGGGACAAAUCUUAAAGAACAUACCUUUAUAACUCUUUACGUGGAUCUUCGCAUAAUUGGGGCAAAGUGUUCUAGUCCCGAUGUGUCCCAAUGAACCGGAAUCGACUGUAGCUGCUGUUUACUCCAUGAAUCAUACGAAACCCAUUAAUACCCUCUGAGGGUAAAGUACAGAAUUGCUGAUUGUUGCACUAGGUGGUACAUACAGCUACCACUGACUUCGAAAGGUAAAGUUUUUUAAGAAAACAUACAUAACACCAAUAGGCCUAUUAUUAUAUCAAAUACUUUAAUUACUAUAUAACUGUUAAGUAUAAACAUCUCAUAUUUUCUAUAACAUUUUACAACACAUUUGUGUCAAACACUAGUGUUAUAUUUCAUUACAAAGUUUUAGUUUGUAACAAUACGUAACUACAACGUAAAAUAUGUAUACAUAGAUGCCAAAUUAUGCUAAUACGAUAAAAACUAAAUUUGGCAUUUUCAACGGUCAUUCUUUUUUUCUUCUUUACAUUACACUAUGCAUGCUAAGUGUUGCUAGGAAAAACGAGCGGCAACUUUAUAACAUUCUCACGGUGGCGAAUAUGACGCCUUGUGGCAUGUUGCGCUGUGUAGUCUCCCACAGACUACCAACCAAAAAGCU